CCCUAUUUUCCCAGUACUGAAUCUUUGGGGAGGAGGGAUCCUCUGCACAACUACGGCAGGAUAACGGCUGUACUUUUCGAGUAGCGCCGUUCGGGUCGAGCAGACGGCGGAGUCGGAGAGAGUCUAAACGGGGAGACUCAAAAAUAAGCGUCCAAAGGCGAUUAGCUAUGACGGAAGGAAACACUGGGGCUUCGUGAGAAUCUACGUAAAAAAAAAAAUAAGAGGAUGAGGAUUCCUCUGGUGUGGGCGCUGGGCGCUUGCCAGACUGGGUGAAGGCAGAUCCGAGAGCUGAAGAAAAACCCAGCCCCCGGGGCUGCAGAGUAGGACCUCCGUACAGGUUCACGCGGCCGUUGGCAAGGUGGAGCUUCCUGGCCCAUGGAGAAUUACUUCCAAGCCGAGGCCUUCAACCUGGACAAGGUGCUGGACGAGUUCGAGCAGAAUGAAGAUGAGACGGACACGUCAAUUCUCUCGGACGCUAAGUGGACACAGAUCCUGGCUCCACCCGCCCACAUGCUCUCCCUGAAUCCCGCUCUGGCCCACGCAGACAUCAGCCCCCGGGAGAGCCCGCUGCCCUUCAAGACCCUUCCCGACCCGUCCAGCACCUCCUCAGGACCCGACCCCAAAAGGUCGGCGGGUCCUGAGCAUCAACUCUGGGCGGAGGAGAGGCCGGCGGACGUCCACAGCCCGCCUCUCCCUCAGCCCAACAUCGGCAAGCUGGUGGGCGCCGACGACGUCUCGCCAUGCGGCAUUGUGGAGAACGGCUGCACAGGAUGCCCACAGACCGGUUCUCCUGCUGAGGUCCACGUUGGUAACAAGGAGGAACCUUCAUCAGUGGGCGGUGGAGGCUCUUGCUUCACGUUUGAGAUGGGAUUAGCAGAGGAACGGACUCUUUCUGAGGAUAAUCCUUCACAUGUGACUCAAAAUGGAGGAGAGUUGAAAGAUGAGAACCGUUCUGCUGUUUUGCAGGACUUUGAGCAGGAACAAAAAAGUAUAAAUUCUGAGGAGCUUGGAGGAAGUGUGAAUGGGAGUCAGAGUGUCCAGGCGGAGGUUGAGGAGAACAGUUUGUCUCCUCAUGGCAGGGACGGAGCGCAGGACGAGGAGGAGGGGAGAAAAUGCGCUGAAAAUGGACAAAUGGAGCAGAAAGUUAGAACUGGAAUCCUUCCUAACGGUCUGGAGAUGGAGAAUGGAAGCAGCUUAAAGGUCAACGAAGCGGAGGACACUGAGGACUUUUCUCCGUCUCCUGUCCCAUCCAAGGAGGACUCUGUGACCGAAGAGAAGGAGAUGGAGGAGAGCAAGCAGGAGCUGAGUGACGGCGGAGCGGCCGGGUCCGGCGGCGUCCAAACAAAACUGAACAACAGCCGGCUGCAGCCGGUGAGCGUUCCCUACGGAGGAGCGCGGCCCAAGCAGCCGGUCAGCCUCAAGCUGCAGAUCCCGCAGCCGCUGUCCGGCCAGGUCCAGAACCAGCUCAGCGCCAAGAACAAGAACAUGGACAGCCGCUGCUGCAGAGGCACGCCCACCGACCCGGCGCCAGGUGGGAUGGGCCAGAGUUCGCUCAAUGGAAAUGGAGGAACCCGCUCUCCGUCGCUGACGGCGUCUGAGAGUCCUGACAACGACCUUCAGGCCGGGCAGCAGGGGGCGCUGUGCAGGAAGGCCGCCAGCUCGCUGGGAGAGGUGGCUCCUGUGUGGGUGCCCGACUCGCAGGCCCCGGUCUGCAUGAAAUGUGACGUCAAGUUCACCUUCACCAAGAGGAGGCACCACUGCAGGGCCUGCGGCAAGGUGUUCUGUGCAGCGUGUUGCAGCCUGAAGUGUAAGCUGCUCUACAUGGACAGGAAGGAGGCCCGCGUUUGUGUCACCUGUCAUUCUGCCCUGACAAACGUUCAAUCAGCGGAGACGCCAGCUACUGCAGUCAAUCAGAGUCCAAACCCGAACAACCCGGCGGAGUACUGCUCCACCAUCCCCCCCCUGCAGCAGGCGCAGGCGUCCGGGGUCCUCAGCUCGCCGCCCCCCACUGUCAUGGUGCCCGUGGGAGUCCUGAAGCAAUCCGGCAAUGAAGGCUCCCUGUCGCGGGACCAGAGGAGGGUUUGGUUUGCCGACGGGGUUCUUCCAAACGGAGACGCAGCAGAAUCCUCCAAACCGCCGUCUUCCGGCUCGGCAUCCUCGCGGUCACGGGUCGCCUCCACCUGCUCCAACAAGGCCGCCACGCCGGAGGCCUCAGAGGUGGCCCAGACCCCCGCUGCGCCAGCGGGCAGCCCCGUGGGCAGCUCCCUCAGCCUGAUCCCGGAGGACGGGCUCCCUCCCAUCCUCAUCUCCACCGGAGUCAAAGGAGGUACGGGAGGCCACAUCACAGAUUACGCCGUGGAGGAGAGACCUUCGGAGAUCAUCCUCAUGCAGCAGUUGGAGGAGGGAGGCCUGGACCCCCUGGUGUUCGUGCUCAAUGCUAACCUGCUAGCCAUGGUCAAGCUAGUCAACUAUGUCAACAGGAAGUGCUGGUACGUGACGACUAAAGGCAUGCACGCCGUCGGCCAAGCCGAGGUCGUCAUUCUGCUCCAGUGUCUACCCGACGAGAAAACCAUCCCCAAAGACAUCUUCACACACUUUGUGCAGCUCUACCAAGAAGCCUUAAGCGGCAACGUGCUGAGCCACCUGAGUCACUCAUUCUUCACCCAGAGCUUCCUGGGCAGCAAGGAGCACGGCGGCUUCCUCUACAUCAGCCCGUCCUUCCAGUCGCUGCAGGACCUGCUGCUGCCCAACCCGCCCUACCUCUUCGGUAUCCUCAUCCAGAAGUGGGAGACGCCGUGGGCCAAGGUCUUCCCGAUCCGCCUCAUGUUGCGGCUGGGAGCAGAGUACCGAUUUUAUCCGUGUCCACUGUUCAGCGUUCGCUUCAGGAAACCUCUAUUUGGAGAGACCGGGCACACCAUCAUGAAUCUGCUAGCAGAUUUCCGUAACUACCAGUACACUCUGCCGGUGGUGAAAGGUCUGGUUGUGGACAUGGAGGUGAGGAAGACGAGCAUUAAGAUCCCCAGCAAUCGAUACAAUGAGCUGAUGAAGGCCAUGAAUAAGUCCAACGAGCACGUUCUGGCCAUGGGGGCGUGUUUCAACGAACGGGCCGACUCCCAUCUGGUCUGCGUCCAGAACGACGACGGGAACUACCAGACGCAGGCCAUCAGCAUCCAUCAUCAGCCUCGCAAAGUUACUGGAUCCUGCUUCUUUGUUUUCAGUGGUGCGUUGAAAGCCUCGUCCGGUUUCUUGGCUAAGACCAGCAUAGUAGAAGAUGGUGUGAUGAUCCAGAUCACCGCAGAGACCAUGGACUCUCUACGGCAAGCCCUGAGGGACAUGAAGGACUUCACCAUAACCUGCGGAAAGGCGGAGCAGGAGGAGAACCCGGAGCUCGUCCACAUCCUGUGGACUGAAGACGACCAAAACUUCAACAAAGGCGUCAUCAGCCCGAUCGACGGGAAAUCCAUGGAGUCCAUCACCAGCGUGAAGAUCUUCCACGGCUCCGAGUUCAAAGCCAACGGCAAAGUCAUCCGCUGGACCGAGGUGUUCUUCCUGCAGAGCGAGGACCAGCCCAGCGGGCUCAGCGACCCGGCCGACCACAGCCGGCUGGUGGAGAACGUGGCGCGGGCGUUCUGCAUGGCGCUGUGUCCGCACCUCAAGCUUCUGAAGGAGGACGGCAUGGCCAAGCUCGGCCUGAGGGUCACGCUCGACUCCGACCAGGUGGGUUACCUGGCAGGAAGUAACGGCCAGCCCCUCCUCCCUCAGUACCUGAGCGACCUGGACAGUGCCCUGAUCCCCGUCAUCCACAACGGGGCGUGUCAGCUGAGUGAAGGCCCCGUCGUCAUGGAGCUCGUCUUCUACAUCCUGGAGAUAAUCUCCUAGGAGACACAAACACUCGCAGACUUCUUCUUUCUUUCUUUUUUAGCACCAUCUCACAGCCUGGUCCUCCUCCCAUCUCCCUCCAACCAUUCGCGCCUCAAAAAGAACCAGAAAACUGUGCCGGUCCAGUCCAGGUAGCAUUCCUCCAGUCCAACCUAUGCAUCCUCCGCCGUCUGCUUCCAUCCAGAGGUGAAGCUCAGAGCAGAGAGUCUGUCCUGACCGCCACGCUCUGGCCUCCGAAGGGUUAAAUUCAUAAACACCCGAGUGAAGUUCGCCCCGCCACCUUCUUCAAAUCUAAACAAGUUGGUGUCAAACUUUUGUGCUGCAAAACGUUUCAUUGGUGCCGCUAUCAAUUUAAAGAUUUUAACAAAUGUUUCCAGAGGUCAUGAAAGGUCAACCAGCCAACUCCUUCAAGUCAGACUAAAUUUUAUGCCAAUCAUCUCGGCUGGAUUAGUGCAGCAAAAAUGUUACGUUUGUGCUCUGGUGGUUUGACAAAGGAGAUUUUUUACCACCACCACCAAAAAAAGAGAAAUUUGUAGAAAUGUGAUGAUUUAGAAGUAAAAUCUGCCGGAUUUAAUGUUUUAAUCACUAAUUCAGCCUCUGGAUGCUCUAUAGAACCGUAAUGCUGCGGUUGCAGCUGCAGAUAUUUUGGACAUAAGCACAGAUUUCAUAUUGGACAGAGGAGCAUCUCUGCACAUCAGGUUUCACGUUUCACCACGUGACUUUGACUGGGCCGUUUCGCCACAAUGUUUUAACAGUGGGGUGUUUUUAGGUUCCAGGUUCGAUCUCACUGCAAAAACACAGAAUCCGACCAAUUAUCUGUUAGUUUCCAGUGCGAAUAUCUUAGACUUGAAAUAAGGUGGAAACUAAUUUACAAGUAACUUUUCAGCAAGAUGUACAAACUUCUGUUAAGUCAAAUAAUCUCCCAGUGAAACUAACACUUGCCUGGGGGCCAAAUCUGGCCCUCCAUAAGUUACUGUGUGGCCCCCCAAACUCUCGCAAGACAUAAGAAAAAAUAAUUGUGUGCUUAAAUAUUGUUUUGUCAAUGUAAUUUUUUAUCGUCAACCUGUUAUAAUUUUUCAUGUAAAAAUCAACAAAUCCCCAAAUAUUUUCGUCCUAAUGCAUAACUGUGAGUUAGUUUAUUGCAAAUUUUCAUUUAAAAAAAUGACAAAAAAAGGGUUUAAGUGACAACUGUCACCAGCAGGUGUCAGUGUUGUCUUUCUUUACUUUAUGUCCAGUUCCAGUAGGAAAGUAAUAUUUAGUAUACGCGCAAAUAUUUCUAAAUUAGCAUUAAAAAAUGAGCUUUUUGAUGUCAUUAAAAAAAAUCACAAAACGCUGGAAGACAUAAAAAAAUGAACUUAAUAGCUGUGUGAUGAUAUAAUUAGUUUGAGGCUUUCGGUGUGGCGUUUCGGACAGACCCGACGGCUCCUCUGCUUCUUAUCGGACGUUUGCUCCGAUGUCACUGUGUCAGCCAGAUGAAGCGAUGCAUUCUGGGUAAAAACCUGCCUCUGUGUAGCACGGAUGCUGCUGAAGGAAUCGUUGGAGGUGGAGGACGGUGCGUUCGUGAGGAGAGACAUGUUUUUUUUCGCACCAUGGUGCUCAGUGCCUGCAGCAGAGCGUCGUCAAGGGAAGAAGAUUCGUCAGCUAAACUUUAAGCUUUACUCAUCGUCACCAAAUUCUGCAUAGACUUGUAUAUAUUUUUUAAAGUGGAGCCAUUUCUUCCCUACGCUAUUGUCUGUGUCCUCAUACAAAACUUCUAAAGGUCCCGCCGUACUUCAGCUGCAUUUCAUUUAGUCUUUUCAAAUUAUGCGAACAACUGUUAAAAAUGUAUAAACAUAUACAGUAUAUAUAUAUAUAAAGAGAUAUAAAAACUAAUUGCAGAAGCAGUGCACUGGAGUCUAAGCCAUUUAAGUUGAGCGCCGCGUUCUGGGAGGAAAAGGUAAUUUCAGAAAUUCACUGACUGAUCCGAGGCUGAAUGUAUCUCCGCUCCGCGUUCUGCUUCCUUCCAAAACACCCCGAAAUCAAAAUCUCUGCAGCUCCGGAGACGCUCCAGCCGUUCGCAGUGCAGCUACGCAGAGAUCGGGUCCGUCCAGCGGCGGCUCGGACCUGCGGAUGAAAACUACGAAUGUAUUCUUCCCGUUUCCGUUUCCCCGCCAACAGAGAAAAAAAAAAAGAAAUCAAAAGUCUGUACAGUAAUCAUUCAGUGUGACAUUCUCCAUCUACUCGUGAGAUUCUUCUCAUCUGUUGAAUCAAAACGUUUGACAAUCUGUUGAAAAUCUGCAGAAGAGCCAACAUUUCCCAUUAGAAACGGAUCAUUUCUUUCCAUCAGGUGUUUUAGGAGGUUCUGUAAUCGUGAUAAAAAGGUGAAACAAUCGCCACUUCCUGGUUGACUUCCUGUGAUCGUCAUUCGGUUUCAUGCUGCCCCAAAACAAACCGAUUCUUCCCCCCGCCCCCCCGAGUCUUCGUUUACAGUGACGUCUUCAGAUAUGUGCAAUAUGUCAGAAAUCCCCGACGCUAAAGGUGCAAUUUGACCAGAAAAGUAGCAUUUUGUUUCUGUUGUAAAAA